AUGAGUGAUAGUGAACGAACCGGUGUACCUACAGGCGACGAUGAGCUUUCUCUACCCAAAGCCACUGUUCAAAAGCUCAUCAACGAAAUGAUGCCGAGCGACGUUGCAUGCACUAAGGAAGCUCGCGAUGUACUGAUAGAUUGCUGCGUCGAAUUUAUACAUUUGAUAGCCUCGGAGGCCAAUGACAUAUGCGACAAGGAAGCAAAAAAGACCAUUGCAGGCGAACACAUUGUCUCUGCCUUACGUGAGCUCGGCUUCGAGGAAUACAUUGAAGAUGUGGAAGAGGUUUACAAGGAACAUCGACAACAGCAAAAGGAUCGUGAAAGGCGCAGCUCAAGAUUGGAGAAGACGGGGAUCUCAGAGGAAGAAUUGCUGCGACAACAAGAGCUAUUGUUUGAACAAUCUCGCCUAAAAUUCGAGGGACAACAAUAA